AUGACUCCGCGCCCGCAGAAGACAGGAAACCGGGCUGCCGUGUAUUCGGAGCCUGGCACUUUGAAGACAGAGAUCAAAGACCUCCCUAUUCCUAAUCCGGGGCCGGGGGAGGUGCUUAUUCGAUUACACUAUUCUGGGGUAUGCCACACAGAUAUCGCCUUCUGCCUAAAUGAAUUUCCAAACCAAGCGGUGCCUACAAAGAGGGGCCAGGUCGGAGGUCAUGAAGGAAUCGGCGAGGUCGUUGCGCUCGGUGAGGGAGUUCAAUCGACUUCAGUAGGCUCCAAGGUAGGAAUUCAAAUCGCCGGAGAUGCUUGCCUCAGUUGUGAUGCGUGCCUCGUUGGCGGAGAAACUUCAUGCUCAAGCUUAAAGAUCACGGGAUACUUUACUCCAGGCACAUUCCAACAAUACAAGAUCGCUCCCGCCAGAUACGUGAUGCCCAUCCCGGACGGUUUGGACAUGGCCGCUGCAGCGCCUCUCAUGUGCGCUGGCGUGACCGUAUACACUGCUCUCAAGAAGUCUCAGAUUCGACCUGGGGAUUGGGUUGUUGUCUCUGGAGCUGGGGGUGGCCUCGGCCAUUUGGGCAUCCAGUAUGCCAAGGCGAUGGGAGGGAGAGUGAUUGGAAUUGACCACGGUUCCAAGGAACAGUUCUGCAGGGACCUGGGUGCCGACGAGUUCCUCGAUUUUACCAAAUUCAAGAGCAAUGUCACGCUUACAAGCCGGAUCAAGAACCUGACUGGCGGAGGAGCAAAGGUCGCGCUGGUAUGCAAUGCUAAGAGCUACCCACAAGCAUUGGCAUGGCUGGGCCUUCGAGGCACGAUCGCGUGCAUUGCCUUGCCAGAGAAGCCGGGCUCGUUUCUGCCUGAUGUUGGGACAUUGAUCCUGCGAGAGCUGAGGAUCAUCGGUGCCAAGUCGGGCAACCGGCUGGACAUGAAGGAAUGUCUCGAAAUUGCAGCGCAAGGCAAGGUGAAGCCCGUCUACCAGCUGCGUAGUUUGGACGAUCUUACAAAGACAUUCCAAGAAAUGGAAUCCGGUGUGAUCCAAGGCAGAAUCGUGAUUGAUCUCAAACCGCGACUGUAG